UACAGGCAAUCCAACAUCCAUACGUGAAGCCAAGAGGGGAGGUGCCCCAGGAGGGGAUGGGGGUCCUGUCCUGUUUCCCCUGGGGGAGCAGCAAAGACCUGACCCAAAACCAAGUUACCUCAAAAACUAGGCAUGGGGGCAAAGGAGUGUGUGACAAGAGAGGGGAGCCUCAGGCUGGGCUGUGAGACCAAAAGAUGUGAAUUGUUUCGGAAUCAGGUGUCAGCAUGUCUGGGAAUUAACGUGUGUCUGAAGGAGUCUCGGACAAUGGAGCCCCCUACCCAACUCCUGCUUCUCUGCAUAGCCCUGAUCUCAACAGCCAAGGCCGAAGCUCCGAAGGAAAGAGACCCAUUCACAUAUGACUACCAGUCCCUGAGGAUUGGAGGGCUAGUUUUUGCUGGCAUCCUCUUCAUCCUUGGCAUCCUCAUCAUCCUCAGCCGAAGAUGUCGCUGCAAAUUCAACCAACAGCAAAAAACUGGGGAACCCGAUGAAGAAGAGGGUACUUUCCGCAGCUCCAUCCGCCGCCUGUCCAGCAGAAGGCGGUAGGAGCCUGAGAUGAAGUCAGAGAGACUGACCAGGUUUCCCAGGGUUCCUGCCCGCACUCCCACUCCCACGGUGCCCCCAGCACCUCCAAACCUGUAAUAAAGGCCAGUCUUCCUCCCCGCGCA